AAUCGACAUAAAGCUUUUGGCGACGCUUUGGAACUGUGUUCAAAAUGUCGGACAUUGACAAGUGGAUUGUGCUGGCAAAACAAUGCAAAUAUUUGCCCGAAAAUGAUCUUAAGAAACUCUGUGACAUGGUUUGUGAGCUGCUUUUAGAAGAGUCCAAUGUACAACCUGUCAACACACCUGUCACAGUUUGUGGUGAUAUACAUGGGCAGUUUUAUGACUUGAUGGAGCUGUUCAGGACAGGUGGAGAGAUGCCAGAUACAAAUUACAUAUUUAUGGGUGACUUUGUAGAUAGAGGUUAUUACAGCUUGGAGACUUUUACACUCCUCCUUACUCUUAAAGCCAAAUGGCCAGACAAAAUUGUUCUUCUAAGAGGAAACCAUGAAAGUCGACAGAUCACACAGAUUUAUGGCUUUUACGAUGAAUGUCAGACAAAGUAUGGCAAUGCUAAUGCAUGGAGAUACUGCUGUAGAGUGUUUGAUCUUCUUACCAUUGCUGCGAUUAUUGAUGAGUGUAUUCUGUGUGUCCAUGGAGGAUUAUCACCAGACAUCAAGACUAUCGAUCAGAUCCGAACCAUUGAGCGAAAUCAGGAGAUACCUCAUAAGGGUGCCUUCUGUGAUUUAGUUUGGUCUGACCCAGAGGAUGUGGACACUUGGGCUAUGAGUCCAAGAGGAGCAGGGUGGCUGUUUGGAGCUAAAGUCACUAGUGAGUUUGUAGCCAUCAACAACUUGAAACUUAUCUGUCGAGCACAUCAGCUAGUCCAUGAGGGUUACAAGUUCAUGUUUGAUGACAAGCUGGUGACGGUAUGGUCAGCACCAAAUUACUGCUACCGUUGUGGCAACAUUGCAGCUGUGCUGUCCUUUACUGAUUCUGAUCACCAUGAGGCCAAACUUUUCAAAGCAGUUCCUGACAGUGAAAGAGUUAUCCCUCCUCGUACACAGACCCCAUACUUCCUUUGAUCACAGUUCAUGACUCUUAUAGACUGUAUAUAAAAUGCUGUCCUUUGAUACACAGCAGAUUUAUGAUAUUGUAGAUCAAAUGGUUUAGCAAAGACAUUGGCAGUGAGUGAGUUGACUUAAAAAAAAUUUAUGUGAGGAAAUACCUGUGUAUGAUUGCCCAAUUAGAGUGUUCACCUAAUGAAGGUUGAACUGAUUUUAAGUUUUUUGUAGCAGCUUCAGGAAAUGUAUUUUGACAGAGCAGUACAGUAGGUGAUUUAUAAAUGAAUUUUAGGAGAUGUUUUCUUGAAAAUACUGCAUCAAAUGAUAAAGGUUUUCUUGAAAGAGCAUUAGCUCAUUAAAGGUUGAUUUUCGUAGUCCUUGUUUUAAUAUGUGAGCCUUUCAUUUUAUAUGCAUCUAAUCCUUUCUCAAUCACAAUAGUUAUUAAAGAUUUGAGUCAUUAGCUUUGGUCCACAUCAUCUUAACAGAAACUAAGACAAAUAUUUUUUCACCUUAAGUAAGUUAAAUUCACCUGCUUAUCUAAGAGGUUGCAAAAAAUAAUUUUAUAUUCGGAUAUUUUGCCUUAGGGCCCUCUUAUCAAUAGCCAGACAAUUUGAUGUCUGUUUCAUUUAUUUGGAAAAAAUCUAAAUGUUCUGAACAUUGAUUGUCAUGAAAAAGUUUUGAUUCGAGUGAUUGUAUGAUGCUGGGAAAUUGUUAUUAUAAUGAAAGAUUGCUAUUUUUUCCUAAUAUUUAUAAAAUUGAAUGUCACAAGCUAGUUUUUAAAACUUGAUGGGUCCAAGGGAUUACAGCAAAAAUGCAGUGUGAUGAACUCCAAUGCAAUGCUCAAGUCCAAAGCUUCAUGUUUGGCUGCAGAUUUGAUAAUCAUUGUACUUCCAAUCAUACCAUCUGUUCCUAUAGAACAGUCUGAAUUCUGUGCUCUUAGCAGUUAACAUUUCUGUUGGUUUAUGCUAUUCUUACAGAGGUGAAUAAAUUGUAAAUAUCUAAAAUAAAGA